AUGGCGAAUGUGCCGUCAAACUAUGUUCGUUUGCGCGGUCUACCUUUUUCUGCUAAAGAGGAUGAUGUCCGCAAGUUUUUGAACGGAUUAGAAGUCUUGAGUGUUACGUUUACGCUCACUACUAUGGGUCGUGCCAGUGGCGAAUGUUAUGUAGAAUUGGUGGAUGUUGCAUCUGUCGAUGAAGCUAAAAAGUUUGACAAGAAAGAAAUGAGUGGUCGCUAUAUAGAAGUUUUUUCGGUGAGCGAAGGAGAGGUGAAUUGGAUGGUUCGUCAUGGUGUGCUCAAAGGUGGCGAGAAUGGGAUGUCGACAAAUUAUGUAGUUCGGUUACGAGGAAUACCAUUUAGUGCGACGACGAAAGAUAUUAAAGAAUUUUUUGACGGUCUGGAAGUGGCGGACGUGGUAAUCGACAAGGAGCCGGGGGGUCGGCCAUCGGGGGAGGCUUUCGUGAAGUUUGCGACCAAACAGCAUGCGGAGCUGGCACUCGAAAGGAACAAAAAUCAUAUGGGAGCGAGGUACGUGGAGGUGUUUCGUAGCUCAACAGAUGAAAUGAAUAAUGCGGCAGCGAAUGCUAAUCGUGGUUAUCUUCCCCGGGAUCCGCCACCUUUCAGAGGAUUAAUGGGGCCGCGGGGAUACGAACGUGAGUCGUCCAGAUACAGCGGAGGUCCAAUGAGAGGUCCUCCUGUACGUGGUGGUUUUGGAAGACCGUCACCGUACGAUGUACCUUACGAUCGGUAUCGACGGCUAGGAAGCAGCAGUUAUGAGGAUGAUAUCGAUUUUGAAGCUUCAACGAGAGUUUUUAUGAGAGGUUUGCCAUACAGUGCAAAUGCUUUAGACAUAGAAGACUUUUUCAAACCUCUGAACUGUGUCGAUAUUAAGCUUGGGUAUAAUGAAGAUCGAAGGCCUUCUGGUGAUGCUGUUGUUAUAUUUUCGACUAUGGCUGAAGCAAGGGAUGCUCUUUCGCGCAACAAGAAGUGUAUUGGUACAAGGUAUAUUGAGUUGUUUUCUGGGGCCAAUAUGCCACCAACGCAAAAACAUUUGACCUUCAGACGUGUAGGUGGGACUGGCGGCUUUGGCGGUAUGGGGCCGCGACCAGGUUCAUUAUCUAGCCGAGGGGGUUACAUUCCUUUUGACGGUUAUGUUUUUGGAAUUUCAGAUGAUUAUGGAGGUGGAUAUGGGGGAAGUUAUGGCGGCCAUGGUGGGCAACAGUUUUACAAUGACGAAUAUGAGGGACGACAGUCCGGAUAUGGGCGUUAUUGGGGAGGGAGCGGUGUUUCUGUCAAGGCAGCAUGGUAA